UUGUUCGAGUACCCUACAAUUUAAGUGGGGUCAGCCGAGCAUCAGAAACUCCGUGACACCCAACUGUCUCUCUCUUUUCUGCCUCGUCUGCUCUUUCUGACCGUCUGUCUUUGUUGCUGGUCUUAGUUUCCAUGCAACAGAGCAAAAACAGACCGCACUUAGCCCUGCACAGAGAGAGAGAGAGAGAGAGGUGGAGGCCUGAGGUGAGAUAAGCUGCACUUAACCUUCCUGGUACCAGUGAGCCCAGUGUGUUUGACAGACAGGUGAUAUGAUCAGGACCUCAAACCUGGUGAAGAUCACUCAUCUCUAGAGCGAGCUGAACCUCCAGACCAGCCACUUGAGCCCAGCAGAUGGAAGCACUCUGAUCCCUCCGAGACUCUGGAGCACCCCAGACAAAGAGCCUGAGACUCUGGAGCACCCCAGACAAAGAGCCUGUGUUUUUUUUGUGUGUUUUCCAUUUCUUUCAAAAGGGACUUACUCACAGACACCAUGGUUCUCAUCAAGGCAAUGUUAGCCUUGCUGCUGGCUCUCUGUGUCGAACCAGUGCCCGUGCAGUUUCUACAGAGGUUCAACCGGCAGCAGACUGUCCAACGCCGACCGGGGUGCCCACAGAAGUGCCGGUCUGAGCUGUGCCCGUCGAUUCACCUCCUGCAGCAAUGCCCAGCGGGGCGCGUGCGAGACGCCUGUGGGUGCUGCUGGGAGUGUGGGAACGCGGAGGGCCAGUUCUGUGACAUGAACCCGUACGCUGCGCUUCACGGACGCUGCGCCGAGGGCCUGAAGUGCCGAGUUCCUCCCAGGGAGAGGUCCCACUUCCUGUCCGGCGCGGAGGAGGAGACGCCCAAACCCAUCUGCGUGUGUGCCAAGCAGGAGGUGCUGUGUGCCACGGACAGGAAGACCUAUGAGAACAAAUGCCAACUGCGCAAAGCCCAGCAUGGCCUGGCACAGGGUUACAACAGGCCCACCGUGGCACAUUACGGGCCAUGCCGAUCAAAGCCAGUCAUCACCAUGGGGACACAGCAUCUCCACAUUCUAGAGGGGAGUGAUGCUGUUGUUGUGUGUGAGGUCACCUCUUUCCCUCUGGCCUCCAUUCAUUGGAGGAAAGAUGGAGAGAACAUCUUCCUGCCUGCUGACGACUCCAACAUUGCUACACAGGCUCGUAGAGGCCCCCAGCGCUUUGAACUGUCCGGCUGGCUCCAGAUCCAGAACGUUGGCCACAGCGACGAGGGCGUGUACACGUGCGCUGCCAGGAACGCCUUCGGAGAGGCGUCUGCCUCUGCCAGAUUGCAGGUUCUGCGGAAAGGAUCUCGGUCGGGAAGUGAUCAGCUAAAGAAGGGGCCGUACAGCAUAAUAGAUGACGAAGAGGAUGGUGAUGAUGAAGACUAUGAGGGCCGGUCUAGUGGUCAUAUGUAUGUGUAAAUUUGUUUGAGGCUGUAAAGAAAAUGUAUCAAAAUAUAUUUAGAUUUUUUUUAUCAGAUGCUGUAUGGAAUAAUUUUAGGAGUGUAUGUAUAACUGCAUUCCAGUGAGUACAACUUCUAGGAUUUCUGAUGUUUUG